AUGGAAGCUGAUAGAGGAGAGGAGGAUGGUGAGGCAGAAGAUGAACCAGUGCAACGAUGAACAACGAGAAGAGGAACUGAGCACAAUGUAUAAAACACUGGACAAAGAAGUGAAGAAGAGUGCACGGAAAGACAAAAGACACUUCUACGAAACACUGGCAGGUGAAGCAGAACAGGCUGCAGGUAAGAGAGACCUGACGACAUUAUAUCAAAUAACCAGGUUGCUAUCUGGGAAGAGAUCAAUGCAGACGAAGCCAAUAAAAGAUGAUGACGAAAAUUUAAUUAGGAAAGGAGAGAAACAAAGGAAACAAUAUAGACAGACCACCUCAAGAAGCUCUUGAAUCGACCACCACCACCACCUGCACUUCGUCCACAAAUGCCACCUAAGACUGCUGAACUACAAGUGAACAUAAAUCCUCCAACAAAAGUGGCAGUCCUGAACACCAUAAGGCUGCUGAAAUGUGGGAAAGCAGCAGGACCAGAUG